AUGGCCACCUCCCCGUCCGCGCUGGCGCAUCCAUCUCGCGCCGCUGAUAGCAGCACCUCGCCAGAUCUCCAGCAUCCGACGCCCGACCUGCAGUCACUCCAGGGGGCCUACAUUGGAAACAUCGAACGCCUAGAGGAGCACGCGGAACGUAUGAGUGAAAAGGGCUCUGACCUUGGGGAAGAGAUACGGAAAUUGCAGCUCGAGCAGAAAUUGUCCGAUAGCCGCCGAUCAUCCCUCCUAUCCGCCUCUGUGGCUGAGGAGCCCAUACGACACGUUGAUACGAGGAGCCGCGGUGCCUCCACCAGCUCUUUCACCAACUCGAUCGUGGACCUGAACGGUGCAGCGCGUUGGGGUGGAUAUUCACCCGGAGGUUACCUAGCUUCUCCUACGGGAUCGCUGCAUUCCAGCACCUCGCAACCCACAGCACUGCAGCGCCAGCGAUCCAACUCGAAAGCCUCCCGACUAGACCAGAUCAUGCGAGUGGACGAGGAAGAGGAGACGAUGGAAAAAAUCGAAGAACAUCCAGGCUCGCCGCCUCUGCAGCGACACGACAGCGAAUCGCAGUACAGUGCAUCGCACCGCGAACAAUCACCGCCGCUCACACGACCCCGUUCCGUCUCGUCCUUCACACGACAGUACAACGAAAUGGCACAGGAACUCAAGCAAGAGCUCCGUAAUAGCGUCAUCCUCGCUGAUACCUACGAACAGCAACAGACUGAGCCGGGAGCUUCAUACUACGAACACCCAGACCUUCCCGAUCGACCUCCUACGGCAGCUUCGACGGAUACCACCCAUAAACUGCGUACAUUAUGGCAGGACUUUGAUGGUACACACUGUCCGGAUACCGUACCUGAAGAGGAGCCUUUACCUUCUCAGGGCAAUGGGAGUCGAGAUUCAUCUAUGCUGAAGUCAGCACCGUCGCCUCCGCCUCAAGGGGCACCACCCCCUGAUAAUAACAUGGUUUAUUACCCGGCACCUGUUCCGCGAAUGCUCAAUCUACCUCAACGGUUAUCUAAAGUUCCGAACGCGAAUGUACAAGCCAGGCGACGCACCCAACUCUUAGAGUCGAUGCAAAGUGAGAACCGAAAGUCUGCCCCGUGGCUUUCUGAGAUGGGUGCAUCACCCACAUCACCCAAGACGAACAGGAAAAGUAAGAACUUAGCUAAUAUGCCACCUCAGCUCAGGGCGAGCGCCUACUUUGAUGCACCUGCACCCGCACAAGAGUUCGAAGUGAAAGGCGAAUCUGCCCAGGAUACGCUGAACAAUAUACUUGAAGCGUCUGCGCACGCUCCAGUAUCCGCUUUCACAGAUCAUCCAUAUGCAGGGCAUGUGGGAGACGAGAUCUACGGGCAGGAAAAGAGAAAGCACAAACGGACAGGCUCGAAAGCGAACGAGCUUGACAAGCUUGAGUCACGCAAGAGUCGAAGUUCUUUGAAUCUGCUAGACACGCGGCGGAACUCGAGUGGCGAUGCCCUGAACAAACUUAAGAAACACAAUAGUUCAGCGGAUCUCAAUCUACUGACCGUGCGUGCUACAGAGAGUCGAAUGAGUUUGGGCGACGAGCUUGAGAACCACGACCCUGAUGCUAGAGGACCAGACCCGGAGGAUGAACAUGCGGUACACUCUGUCGAUGGUGAUCAUGAACACGCCGUGGAUGACGAAGAUGGGGAAGAAGGAGAAGAAGAACCGGAAGAGCAGUUCUUUGUUGCACCGACGACCCUACUUGCUGAGCUUCAAAUGCGCAAAGCUCAACAAAAGACACGUAAUCUCACAGCGGCGACAGCUUUUCCGAACGGCAUGCACGCUACUUUGCUAGAGCUUGACGCCGUUGCCGAGAUUGAGAAAAAGAAGCGACUGAAAAAGAAGGUUAACCUGGCUUGGGAGGCGCAAGCUCCGGCGGACGAAGACGCAGAUUCGGACGACGAUGUUCCUCUCGGAAUGUUGUAUCCAGGACGUGAGGGCCUCGUCAAUAAACGUCAUGGUGCACCUGCAAAAGACGAUUGGGACCGACCGCUAGGCUUGAUGGCACAGCGUGAGAUAGAAAACGCCGAGCCUCUCAACCAGCGGCGUACUCGGCUUUUUGGCAACAACAGAAACACAAAGCUCAUGGAUCCAGCGAAACGUAACACGACAUUCACAGAGCUCAACGGACCCAGCCAACAGCAUCUUGCCGUGCCAACUUCCACAACGCCUCAGCCAGAAUCGGAAGAGGAUGAAGGCGAGACUCUUGCACAGCGCAUACGCCGCAUGAAGGAUCAACAAGCUCUCGAUGAGGCUGUUGUCGACGUACGAAAGAGUACCGUGAGCAACGAUUUUGCCACCGAGUUGAUGAGCCAGUUCGGCUUUGGUGAAGAGGAGAAGCCAAAAACCGCCGCAUCUCCCGCGAACGACGGUGAAGAAGAGACAUUGGGUCAACGACGAGCGCGUCUGCAAGCCGAAGCCCUCGCAAGAGGUGACGCCAAUCCACACGGCACUCGCCCUCCUCUCCGAGCCUCGAUGUCUAUGGCUGACGUACUCGGCGCGCACCCCAUCGAUCCGAACAACUCGGCGCGCAAGGUCUCAGACGAGCAACUCCUCUCUUCUCUCCCGCAGGGCAGCCUGCUUCACCAAAACGCAGUUAAGCAGGAGCGUCGCCGCGUCUCUCGAAUGGACAUGAAUCAGCGUAGCUCCACGUACAACCUCGAGCAGCCACUACUUGGCGAAGGCGUUGGCAGAGCAUCCGAGGACCAGCCCCUCGGCGCAAAGAUUCAGGCUUACAAGGACAGGAUGGCAGGCGCUGGAGUCGCAACGCCCAUGACCGCGCCCGCACUGUCUGGUAUUCCCAUGAUGAACCCUUCUAUGUCCUCAGUGAAUCUGCUCGGCGCUGGCGGGCAGCGCAACUCGUACUUCCCGCAGGCGCCACCGCAGCAGCCGAUGAUGGGUAUGAACGGGUAUGGGAUGAUGCCGCAGCAGAUGAUGGGCAUGCAGAUGAACAUGAUGGGUGUGCCUAUGAACGGCAUGCAAGGCAUGGGCUAUCCGCAAGUUGGCCCAAUGGGCAUGCCCGGUAUGAGGCAGUCGUCCAUGAUCAACCUCCCGAGCAUGUCCAUGGGUGGGAUGAACAUGGGGGUAAUGCAGCCGGGGAUGGGCAUGCCGCCGAACAUGGGGACUAUCAUGAUGGAGCCACCUAUGGAUCCUAGGCAGAGGGAUGCUAUUGAUCGGUGGAGGUCCGCGGUUAUGCACUGA